GCCACCCGCAACGUUUAUGACGUCAUCAACAUGCGCCAUCAAGGCGCCACACACCACGGUGGAUCCUUCACGACCUUUCACGCAUUUUUUUGAUAAACUUUGCGUUAAAUGUUACUUUAAAAAUAGUCAAACGUUUGUGUCACAGAGAAAUUCAUAGAAAUGUUUCGGUUUUCAGUCGCAGUUUUUGGCAGAGGCGUCGCUAAAAGGUUUUCCUCCUCUUUCCCAGCAGAGGGCGCUCUUCCUCCAAACUUGCAGCUGCCUGCAAACCUGGUGGAUCCAUCCAGACUGAAGCGCCCUCCUCCCCCGGCAGACUGCCCCCUGCCCCUCCUGAGGAGGUGUGAGGCUGUGGUCCCUGCUCACCUGAGCCCCAUGCAGACGUGGGUGGAGAGUCUGCAGAUGGAGGACGGCGAGCCGCUGGGGCGGGCGGAGCUCCACCCAGACGUCUUUGGAGUUUCUCCAAGAAUCGAUAUUCUGCACGACGUUGAAAAAUGGCAGAGAAACUACAAAAGAAUCAGCUACGCCCACACAAAGGUCAGGUCGGAGGUCAGGGGUGGGGGCAAGAAGCCGUGGAGACAGAAGGGGAGCGGACGAGCUCGCCACGGAAGCAUCCGCUCACCGCUAUGGAGAGGAGGUGGGGUGUCCCAUGGGCCUCGAGGACCGACCAGCUACUACUACAUGUUACCCAUGAAGGUUCGAGUCCAGGGGCUCAAAGUGGCUCUGAGUUUUAAGAUGGCUCAGGACUACCUUCACGUGGUGGACUCUCUCCACAUCCCCACUCCAGACUCUCAGUACCUGCUGGACCUCAUCCGGCGCCGGCACUGGGGGGAGUCGGUCCUCAUCGUUGACGUAGCUGAAGAGUUCCCUGAAAACAUCCUGCAGGCCGCCAGCGACCUGAAGAAGGUGAACCUCAUCCCGGCCAUCGGGCUGAACGUGCACAGCAUGCUGAAGCAUGAAGCCGUCGUUCUGACGCUGGAGACCCUCAAGUUCCUGGAGGACAAGCUGCUGUGGCACGACCAGCGCUACACGCCGCUGUACCCGUUCAAGCUGCCCUACCGCGACUUUCCCUGAGACCCGAAACCCGGAGACGGGAAUCUUAUGAACAGUAAAAAUUUAUUAAAAAGAUCCUAAAAACUGUGGGACAGCUGGAGGCUCAUGGCUGGGAGCUGAACCGCUGGAGGUGGUUGGCCAGCUGGUUCCUGACCUCCCAGCGGAGCGCCGAGCGCUUCUUCUCCGUCGGCACGACGUAGGAGUUGGGCACAAAAACUCUGCGAGGUUUAGGCUGAAACGAGGAAGAGGAGGGGUGAGGGAGAAGUUUGUGGAGGAACCUGUUUCAUGCACAAACUGCUGUGGAAAAUGUUAGAAAUAAACAAAUCGGUUCCAAACAGAAAA